AUGCGCACCAUGCCGGCAGAAGUCACGCCAGUCAAGUUGUCAGAGAGGAUGUUCGUCCUUCUCUUCAUGUUCUUCGCCGUAAUGGCAUUGGCUAUCAAUGUCGCCCGCAUUACACAUGCUUGGUUCAAAUUCAGCGCCCGCAGAGACGCGUUCAAGGAGGAUAUGGCGUACGUCCGCAUGCACCUACGAACCACCGACUGCGGGAGCACGUUGCAGAAGCGCUCACAAGCAUAUGAUGCAGAAGCGCUCACAAUCACUGAGAGGCACAACGACGCGGAGGCCGCGUCCGUGCGCAUGAGGGGUGGCAUACAGGUCUACAACCUGCGGGACCACCCCCAGCUGGACCGCGGCCGAAGCGGCCUCAGCGACGGCAGCCUCGUGAGCUUGGCGUCGAUCCUCAGUCACCUGCAGCUGUCGACUCGAAGGAGGAGCCACCUGACGGUCCUGGACGACCACUGCCUGUUCGAUCUGGGGUACACGGCGUUGAGCAAGAAUACCGUGGUGGCGCUCGAGUGCUCGGAGGUACUGCGCACAGACCGGCAAAGGUUCCAUGAUGUGCUGCGUGAGCUCGCAGAUGAUCAGACGCAGCUGAUGCAAAUGUCCGGUGGCUCCAAGCGAAGCAGCGAGAACGGUGUUCACGCGCAGCAGGGCAGGGGCACCGACCGUGUAGUGAGGCGCUCGUCCAUUCUGCAAUCCUUCGUGGCUGGCCAGGUGUCUGUCUAA